AUUCUUGUGAAUUUCGAUUGAAACAUUAUCACGCAAGUACGCAUACACAGUGACUUUAGAAGAAUGUAAUCUCAUCAUCAUUCUGCUGUCGGGCUAGUAGAUUAUCGAGGGCGAAAUCAGCUAAAAACCAGACGUAUUUAUGGUGUCCGAUGCAUUCUGUGCAUAUUGAAUGAAGGACUACUGAUUGACGAGACUCGACAUGGCGCAGAAUGUAAACAAUUGCGAGCACGUUCCUAUGGUGACGGGUAGCAACAAUAGCUACACGCUACCGCGCAUGAGACGUGAUCCGUCCAGCAAGCCAACGGUGCGGAUAGUGGAGAAUCCACCACAACGUAGACCUCUGAGUCUGUAUGAUAACUUACAGCAACGAAGUGGGAGCGUUAGUAGCGCUGCGGUGUCAGUGGGAAACCUCGGAGACAGCGCAGCCCCUGCGACUACAAUGGAAAGAAGCCCUUCUCAGGCGAACUGCUUGAGUACUACCGUGCCUCAAAAUAUAGCAGCCACCAACAUCGCCGGAAGACACACACCCACAAGGAACUCCCUGAGACAUAGUCGCAUGAUUGUCCUCAGUCGCACAGGAGGAAAAGUGCCUCGGAAGUACCACCCUCCUGUGUUGCGCCAUCAUCGCCUGGCUACAGCACUGGCGGCCUUGCAGGUGCUGUUGGGAGUGGCAGUAUCAUCUCUCGCUGUGUGGUUGCUCAUCUGGGCUCCCAAUCUCCGCGUCCGAGACAUCCCUUAUUGGAGUGGCUUACCACUGUUGAUGUCUGGUAUCAUGGGGCUACUGUUACUGUGUUGUUGUCAUAAAGACUAUCCUGGUAUGCCAUUUGGCAUCUGGAUGUUCUCCGUUAAGGUAAUAAGCGUGUGUAUGGCAGUAGUGGCUGGAGUGACAUGCUUUUGUGCCUGUGUGUUUGCCCUCCUGCACCUCAUAUUCUUGACGAGCAUGACGUGUGAGCCAGCACAUGUCCUGAAUGCAACAUGUGUAUGUCAAGACGUACAGCGGACUUAUCAUUACGCCGACCUCAACUGUCCUGAGGUUGGGAACAUCCUCACUAUUCUUCUUAUAGGGUCCUGUGCCGCUAACAGUAUCGGCGGUAUCUUGGCCACGUGGUACGUGUUUCUGCACUGGAGCAGUCGAUACACUUACCUCUACUCAGAAGUGCAGAACAGCGAUAAUAAACCCAUAAUGUUCUCGAACAAGCUGGGAGACCCCAAGUAGAAUAAUGAAAUAUUAUUCAUGAACAUUGAAGUGUCUCAAUGGAGCACUGUUCUUCUUGAGAAGCUUAUAGCAGCUCAGCUGGUCAAUAAAUUCCUUAUCUUUCGUGGAUCCAUAAGGUUGAUUUACUCGCUUGCAGGAGCACACACACCACUGGACCGAAUCCUGAGCCAGUUGAAUGCAAUCUAUACCCUCACACCAUAUUUAAGGUUCAUUUUAAUAUCUUCCCAUCUACGCCUAGGUCUCCCAAGUAAUCUCUUUUCUUUCUGUUGAAUUUAAAUAAUUUUUUUAUGAAUUUCUCAUGUCUUGCAUGCGUACUACAUGCCUUGCCUAUCAUCAUCCUCGAUUUCAUCACCAGUAAUAUUCAUGCAGUUUUUCCCAUCUUUUUUUAACUUCGUCUGCUGUAGGUCCGAGUGCCCGCCUCAGCGGUCUGCUCUCAUACACCCUCCGUUUAUGCUUUUCUCUAAAAGAGGGAGAGAUCAAGUUUCACGUCCGUAUAAAAUUGCACUAAAAAUGGUGGUUUUGUAGGAAACGAGAAUUAAAAAGAUUCUGAAAUGAUUAAUAUAAAAUAUUCCUCAAAUUUAAUCUGCUCAUAAGUUCUUCAUAAAUAUAAUUUUGGUCUGUUACUGUCAUUUCAAAGUAUUUUAAAUUUGCCACAUUUUUUAAGGGCUUAUUAAUUACCUUUUUAUUAUUUUGUCCUGCAUUCUGGUGAUGAGACACGAACAUGUACUGAGGUUUCUCUGCAUUUGUUUCCUUACUAGUAUCUAAUAGUGUAUUAGAAUAUAAAAUAAGUAAACAAACAUCUAUUAACACUAUAAAAAAGGUAUUAGUGCCAUACGCGUU